AUGACUUCACCGGCACCGGCUGCCGGCGCUGUCAGUGAGGGUGAUGGCGGCCUCGCCGACCCGCUUCUAGCGACAGGCAAUGGCACCACGAGGAAGACCGGCGCCGAGUGCGAGUACUGGGUUCCCGCUGACGAGGCGGAGAGGCGGGCGACGAACGAGUGCGGUGGUGAGGACGGCCGGCCGCUGCUGUUCCGGACGUACAAGCUCAAGGGCGCCAUCCUGCAUCCGUACAGGGCACUGAUCUUCAUGCGCCUAGUCGCCGUCCUCUUAUUCUUCGUGUGGCGAAUCAGGCACAACAGAUCCAAUGUCAUGUGGUUCUGGAUGAUGUCCGUCGUUGGGGACGUCUGGUUUGGCUUCUCGUGGCUCCUCAACCAGCUCCCAAAAUUCAACCCCAUCAAAAGCAUACCUGACCUCGCCGCCCUCAAGCGUCACUAUGACCUCUCCGAUGGCACCUCUAAGCUCUCUCGCAUCGAUGUCUUCGUCACCACCGCUGACCCUAUAGAUGAGCCGAUACUCUACACUAUAAACUCCAUCCUCUCUAUCCUCGCCGCCGACUACCCAGUCGAUAGACUUGCCUGCUAUGUCUCAGAUGAUAGCGGGGCAUUGAUCCUUUAUGAAGCGUUGGUUGAGGUCUCAAAGAUUGCAAAUCUGUGGGUUCCAUUCUGCCGCAAGCAUUGCAUUGAACCAAGAGCACCAGAAAGUUAUUUUGAGCUGAAGGCGCCGCCACAGACUGGAAGAGCACCGGAGGAGUUCGUGAAUGAUUAUAAGAGGGUGCAGAUGGAGUAUGAUGAGUUCAAGGUGCGCUUAGACAAUCUCUCUGAUAGUAUUCGAAAGAGGUCGGAUGUUUACAACUGCAUGGGAACUUCAGAAGGAGAUGCAAAGGCAACUUGGAUGGCUAAUGGGACACAGUGGCCAGGCACAUGGAUUGAUCCAACAGAAAACCACAGAAAAGGACACCAUGCUGGAAUUGCCAAGGUUGUGCUGAACCAUCCAAGCCGUGAGCAUCAUCAUGGUUCACAAGAGCCCAGCUUCGGUGUCACAGAUGUGCGCCUACCAAUGCUUGUCUAUGUCUCUUGUGAAAAGAAUCCAAGCUACGACCACAACAAGAAGGCAGGUGCGCUGAAUGCACUACUGCGAGUCUCUGCUCUACUCUCCAAUGCACAAUUCAUCAUCAACUUCGACUGCGACCACUACAUCAACAAUUCUCAAGCCUUGCGUGCAGCUGUCUGCUUCAUGCUAGAUCAACGGGAAGGUGAUAAUACUGCCUUUGUUCAGUUCCCACAACGCUUUGACAAUGUUGACCCGACCGAUCGGUAUGGCAACCACAAUCGUGUCUUUUUUGACGGGACCAUGCUUGCCCUUAAUGGAUUGCAAGGACCAUCCUACCUCGGCACCGGUUGCAUGUUCCGUCGCAUAGCACUCUAUGGUAUUGACUCCCCUCAUUACAAACAAGACAACAUAGUAGUUGAAGCUAACAAGUUUGGCAACUCCACACCCUUCCUAAACUCGGUGUCACAAGCCAUAAAGCAAGAAAGGUUUAUCACACCACCACAACUUGAUGGCACAUUUAUCACCGAGAUGGAGACAGUUGUGACUGCUUCCUAUGAUAAAGAAACUGAUUGGGGCAAGGGUGUUGGAUACAUCUAUAACAUAGCCACAGAAGAUAUAGUGACUGGUUUUCGCAUCCACGGGCAAGGGUGGCGCUCUAUGUAUUGUACAAUGGACCAUGACGCGUUCUGUGGCACUGCACCAAUCAACCUAACCGAGCGCCUCCACCAAAUUGUCCGUUGGUCUGGUGGAUCCCUAGAGAUGUUCUUCUCCCACAACAACCCACUCAUCGGCGGCCAGAGGCUCCAGCUCCUUCAGCGCGUGUCCUACCUCAACAUGACAGUCUACCCGGUCACAUCACUCUUCAUCCUGCUCUAUGCUCUCUGCCCAGUGAUGUGGCUCAUCCCCGAUGAAAUAUACAUCCAAAGGCCGUUCACUAGGUAUGUGGUAUACCUUCUCAUAAUCAUCGUGAUGAUACACAUGAUCGGCUGGCUAGAGAUAAAGUGGGCAGGGGUCACAUGGCUGGACUACUGGCGCAAUGAGCAGUUCUUCAUGAUUGGCUCAACGAGCGCGUACCCAACCGCAGUGCUGCACAUGGCAAAGAAACUCCUCACGAAGAAAGGUAUACACUUCAGGGUCACUUCCAAGCAAACAACCGCUGACUCCAGCGACAAGUUUGCAGACUUGUAUGAGAUGCGAUGGGCACCGAUGGUUAUCCCGACAGUGGUUGUUUUGGUUGCCAAUGUUGGAGCCAUUGGUGUGGCCAUGGGCAAAACCGUGGUAUACAUCGGAGUAUGGACAGUGGCGAAGAAGAUGCAUGCAGCGUUGGGCCUGCUGUUCAAUGUGUGGAUCAUGGUGCUGCUGUACCCCUUUGCACUGGCAAUCAUGGGACGGUGGGCGAAGAGACCGAUCAUUCUAGUGGUAUUGUUGCCGGUUGUCUUUGUAGUUGUUGGAAUGAUAUAUGUGGCUCUUCAUGUCUUACUUGCCAAUGUUAUUCCAUUCUAG